CCCAAGUAGUCAAACUGUCAAAUCACCUUCCCGCAUAAGCAAAGCUCAACGCACCUUUUCAUUUCCGGAUUCCUCGGUUCUUGGAACACAGCAAGGCCAAUGAGGUCCGAGACGUUGACGCUGGUGCUGGUGAAUCUGGCGGGGAUCAUGGAGAGGGCGGACGAGUCCCUGCUUCCGGGCGUGUACAAGGAGGUCGGCGCCGCCCUGCACAUAGAUCCGACGGGUCUCGGGUCGCUGACGCUGGUCCGGUCCGUCGUCCAGUCUUGCUGCUAUCCGCUCGCCGCUUACCUCGCCGCCCGCCACGACCGUGCCCGCGUCAUAGCUCUCGGCGCUUUCCUCUGGGCCGCCGCCACUUUCCUCGUGGCCGUUUCUUCCACGUUUCUUCAGGUAGCAAUUUCAAGAGGCUUGAAUGGCAUUGGACUCGCAAUAGUGAUACCUGCUAUCCAGUCCCUCGUUGCCGACUGCACGGACGAGAGCAACCGUGGGAUGGCGUUUGGAUGGCUGCAGCUAACGGGGAACCUUGGUGCCAUCAUUGGAUCGUUGUGUUCUGUUUUAAUAGCCUCAACAUCAUUCCUGGGAAUCCCUGGUUGGAGAAUUGCUUUUCACCUGGUUGGACUAGUAAGUGUCAUCGUUGGUGUUCUGGUGCAGCUCUUUGCAAGCGAUCCUCAAUUUUCCGAUGACAAUAACCUCGUUAAAGAUCAGAAUUCGCACAAGCCCUUCUGGUCAGAUGUCAAAGACCUGGUUAAAGAAUCGAAAUCGGUCAUUAGAAUCCCGUCCUUUCAGAUAAUAGUGGCUCAGGGUGUAUUUGGGUCAUUCUCAGGGUCGGCUCUUUCAUUUGCCCCAAUGUGGUUGGAGCUCAUUGGCUUCACGCACAGUACGACGGCUUUCCUUAUGACGGUCUUCAUCAUCGGCUUCUCACUUGGUGGUCUAUUUGGAGGUUGGAUGGGGGAUGUUCUUGCCAAGCGCUUGCCCAACUCGGGGAGAAUAAUCUUGUCGCAGAUAAGUGCUGCUUCGGCCAUUCCUUUAGCUGCGAUUUUGCUUCUGGCGUUGCCUGAUGAUCCUUCCACAGCUUUCAUGCAUGGUCUCCUUUUACUUAUCAUGGGGCUGUGCACAUCCUGGGAUGCCCCAGCCACAAACAAUCCAAUAUUUGCAGAGAUUGUCCCUGAGAAAUCCAGAACGAGCAUCUACGCGCUGGACAACUCUUUCGAGUCCAUCCUCUCGUCAUUCGCUCCCCUGCUGGUCGGUAUCCUGGCUGAGCAUGUAUAUGGGUAUAAACCGAUCCCUGAGGGAUCAUCCAACUCAAUAGAGAUCGAGACAGAUAGAGAAAAUGCUGCAUCACUUGCCAAGGCGCUUUAUGCUGCUAUGGGCAUUCCAAUGGCCAUCUGUUGCCUUAUUUACUCUUUCCUCUACUGCACGUACCCGAGAGACAGAGAGCACGCUAGAAUGGAUGCGUUCACGGAAAUGCAGCAGAUCGAGGUCGAUAGCCCCUGUACAGGCGAAGAUUUCUCCGACCUUGAUACGGCGAUAUCGAAUGGGGCUUAUGAGAAGGGGAGUGGCGUGAUCGACAGAGAUUAUGGAACGGAGGAAUGGGUUGAUUUGGAUGACAAUGAUGAGAAAUCUCUGCUUUCCAGGCAGUGAACUUUCACGAACGUCGGAGAAUAACGUGGAACACGCAAUGCGCGUGAAUCUUCGCGGGCUUGUAAACAAGCAAUCAAUGUCACGAACUCUCCAGGACUCGUCUCUCUGUACGGUCUGGAUUUCCCCUAUGCGAUCGCACACUUUGUCACGAGAAGGUUCGAGUUGGCGACCCCCAUGAUAGAAUCUCUCACCACGUUAUCGUGUAACUUCUGAGUCAGAUUGAUUCCGGACUGUCCACCAUUGGAGUUCAUGUAUUGAGUACUCUGGAAUUGACUGAAACAGGGAGACUGGUUUAGUCAAUUCAGUGAUCUUUUCCAGUCCUUUUUCGCUCAAGAAACGUGGACCAACAUUUGCAUCC